UUUUAGAAGAUUGCUCUGUUUAUUUUUGAUAGGUUAAUGUUGUGAAAAUGAAGUUUGAAAAGUUUUUUAAUUUGGUUCCCAACAAAUUAAAAUUUUCCGCAUACACUGACGAAGAUGUUCUGAAGUUGAGUGUUUUGGAAAUCACAGUUCCAUCAGCUUAUGACCCCAUGGGGGUCCCCCGUUACGGGGGUUUAUAUGAUUUACGUUUAGGAUCUUUUGAUAAAAAUCCGUGUCUGACAUGUAAGAAUGUGUUCAACUGUCCAGGACAUUUUGGUCAUAUUCGUUUACCAUUGCCUGUAAUAAGUCCAAUAUGGUCUGACGUUUUGCAUCAUGUUUUAAAGCUAAUUUGCUUUGAUUGUUACCAUUUGCAGAUAAGAGCUCCUGUUAUUGAACUUAUCCGAGUUGUGCAAAAAAUGAUCAAUGCUGGAAUGAUUAAUGAAACAGCAGAGUUAUCAGAUAAUAUAUAUAGAUGGAAAGGUCUGAAAGAUAUGACACCAGAGCUGGUGGAGACACUGAGUACCCUAGAAAUACAAGCAGAUGAAAUAUUAGCCCAUGGAAAUGUUCCUUGCAAUGCCAAUCUGGAAUAUGUGAAAUCAAGUGUCAUUUCACAAGUGUUUAAUAGAGUUUUAACAGUGAAAUGCAUUAAUUGCUCCAAGAAGUUAAUGUCUAUAGAGAAAGUAAAAUAUAGAUAUAUUUUGAAAGAUUUUAUGAAGUCAGUUGUGCACUUGAACACUGUUGAGAUCAUGAAUAUAAUGCAUAAGGUAUGGGAUAGUAAUAGUGAAGUACUUAUGCUGAUGAUUCCCAUUUUGAAAGAAGUCAAAUUGGCGUGUCCAUUGGACGUUUUCUUCUGCAGAGUAAUUCCGGUUAUUCCAUCAAACGCUAGACCACCAAUGAGAACUGGUGACUCGGUUUCUGAGCACAGAAAAAACGAUUCGUACAUUAAGAUUAUGAAAAGUUGCAUGACUUUGUACUCUUUCAUGAAAGCAAAGAAAACUGAUAUAAGCGAAUUGCCGAAACAUCUUAUGAACUUAAUUUCUACGUAUAAAAAGGAGAAUUUGGCAGUGGAAUGUAUAAAGGCGUGGGAUGAAUUGCAGAAUGCAGUGAAUAUGCUUUUGAACAACAACGACACCAGUUUAAAGGCAGUUCUUGAGAAGAAGGCGGGAUUACUUAGGAAGAACAUGAUGGGAAAGCGUGUCAAUUACGCUGCACGUUCGGUCAUUACGCCUGAUCCUAAUUUGAAUAUUGACGAGAUUGGGGUACCAGAAGAUAUCGCUAAAAAGUUAACUUUCAACAUGCCAGUUGGACCGCACAAUGUCGAAGAAGUUCGCCAGUUGAUCCUAAACGGAGUUGAUGUUCAUCCAGGGGCCAUGUACGUGGUAUUUGAAAAAACUGGACGUGUUCUAGUUCCAGCUGCUAAAAAAGAUAGAGAAAGUUUAGCAAAAUGUUUGCUAACCCCUUGUGAGCGACGCGGUUCCGUGAAAGCUGUGCUACGUCAUCUCAAGAAUGGAGAUAUGUUAUUGAUGAAUCGUCAACCUACACUUCACAAGCCCAGUAUGAUGACCCAUUACGCGAGGAUUUUGAAAAGGGAGAAAACCUUUAGGUUGCAUUAUGCUAAUUGCAAAGCAUACAAUGCCGAUUUCGACGGUGACGAAAUUAACGCCCAUUUUCCCCAAGAUACCAUCUCGCAAACUGAAUGUAAAUUCUUAAGUAAUGUUUCGAGUAAUUACUUGGUACCAAAAGACGGCACGCCGUUGAGCGGUUUGAUUCAGGAUCACGUUAUUAGCGGCGUGAAAAUGACUAUUCGAGGAAGAUUUUUUUCGAAGCUAGACUAUCAGCAAUUAGUGUACGAGGCUUUGUCCGGGCAUCGAAUUGCAAAAAUUAAACUUCUUCCGCCUGCUAUUCUCAAGCCGCAGGUUCUUUGGUCUGGAAAGCAGAUCCUCUCGACCGUAAUAUUAAAUACCAUACCUAAGAAUGUUGCGUCCAUCACAUUGACUGGUAAAAGUAAAAUUCCAGCAAACGCGUGGAAUCUGCAGGGCGGGAAAAAGUUGUUCGACGAUGAGAUGGAAAUGAGCGAGGCCGAAGUUAUAAUUAGAAAUGGUGAAUUGAUUGCUGGAAUCUUGGAUAAAAGUCAUUACGGAUCAUCGGCUUACGGUUUGGUGCAUUGCAUAUACGAGCUCUAUGGAGGCGAUUACGCUAUUAAAUUGUUAUCGUCUUUGUCUCGUAUAUUUACCGUGUUUUUACAAAGCGAAGGUUUCACACUGGGUGUGAGGGAUAUUGUGGUAUUGAGCGAAGCUGAUAAAAUCAGGUCUAAGAUUAUCAAGAAAAGUAGGAAAUUAGGCCAAAAUAUUGUGACAAGUGCUCUCAGUUUAUCCGAAGACUUGAAAACAGAAGAAAUCGUGGAAAUCAUCGAGGAGCAAAAAAAAUCAAAUCCAAAGAUUGUAUCGAUUAUUGAUAGGCAAUAUAAAACGACUUUAGAUUCGUACACCAAUGAUAUAAACAAGGUUUGCUUACCGUCUGGUUUGGUGUACAAGUUCCCGACGAAUAAUUUGCAAUUGAUGGUUCAAUCUGGUGCGAAAGGUACCACUGUAAAUACUAUGCAGAUUUCUUGUUUGUUAGGCCAAAUUGAGUUGGAAGGUAAACGACCACCGAUUAUGAUAUCAGGUCGAUCAUUGCCUAGUUUUCCCGUCACCGAAUUUGCGCCAAGAGCAGGUGGUUUUAUUGAUGGUAGAUUCAUGACAGGCAUUCAACCACAGGAAUUCUUUUUCCAUUGUAUGGCGGGUCGCGAAGGUUUAAUCGAUACAGCAGUUAAAACCAGUCGAAGUGGUUACUUGCAGAGGUGUUUGAUCAAGAGUUUGGAAGGACUGACCAUCGCCUACGAUUUAACCGUAAGGGAUUCCGAUGGAAGCGUCAUACAGUUCAAUUACGGCGAAGACGGAAUGGACAUAUCGAAGGUGCAAUUUUUGAACGAAAAGCAGAUUCCGUUUUUGGCUGACAAUUUCAAAACCAUGUGGAACAAAGAUUUACUGAAGACGAUGAAAGAGGAUUUGGACGCGGGCGUUGAGGAGCAGAGAAACCAAGUGAAAUUGUACAAGAGCGGAGAGGUCAAAAAAGUGAUCGUCGAUCCGGUCGCGUCUCGCUACCAACCGGAUGUUCAUUUCGGAGCUGUGAAUGAACGCGUGGACGAUCUAUUCGAGGGAUACUUAAAGAAUAAAGAUAAGAAAAUAAAGAAAAAAUUGCAAGAUACUUUCUGGUUGAAGGCGAUGCGAUCACUGGCGUGUCCAGGCGAUUCGAUUGGGGUGUUGGCCGCUCAAUCUAUCGGUGAACCUUCCACCCAAAUGACACUGAACACUUUCCACUUCGCUGGUAGAGGUGACAUGAACGUCACGUUGGGUAUUCCAAGGUUGAGAGAAAUCUUCAUGUACUGCAGUACCGGACAACCCAGUAUGGAAGUACCUUUCCUUGAAGGUAUCGAGAAUUUAGAGCAGGAAUCGAAAAAGCUGUGCAAGCAAUUGACGCCCGUACGACUUGUCGACGUUCUGGAGAAAAUCGACGUCCAGCAGAAGUUGGUCUACGGAACUGUAAGACAGCUGAAGACGGUUUUCAAAUUCCAUUUCAUGCCGUACGAACUGUACAAGGACAAAUAUUAUCUGAAGCCAAAGAAAAUUAUCAAGUACAUGCAAAAGAAAUUCCUGUUGCAUUUGAAUAAUGUCAUCAAGAGGCACAUAAAGUUAGCCAUUAAGCAUCACAAGUUGUCUGUGGACGAAUCUGAGGAUGGAAAAGAGAAGCGAACGAAAAAGAAGAUCGACGACGACGACGAAGAAAUCGAUGUGGACGUGGGUCUAGAUGACGAUGGUCCCGGAGGGAAUAAUCAAGAUAGCAGCGAUGAAAGUGACGAGGAAAUGGACAAGGAAGAUGCUAAGCAGAGUGCCAAGCACACGAAAGAAGAUGACGAGAAUGAGGAGGAAAUGAACGAGGAUGAGGAAGAUGUUGAAAACAUCGAUCCUCUUUCCGACGAUGAAUCGGACGAGGAAAGCGAAAGCAAACAGAAAGGUGGCAACGAGAAGGCAUCCAACUGCAACGUAGAUAAAGACAAUCGAUGGUAUCAGAUCGAAAUAAUGUUGCCAAUUUACGCGAAGCGUAUCGACCUGAAGAGCAUGUUAAGGGAAGCAGUCCAGAAGGGCGUAUUGAAUCAGACGAAGGGCAUAAAGAGAGCGAUGAUUUUUGAGGAAAAGGGACGUCUUAUGCUGCGAACGGAAGGUCUCAACAUGGGCUCCAUAUACCAGCACUUCCGGUUGCUGGAUUUGAACAAGGUAUAUAUCAACGACAUAGUCGCGUCUUCAAGAAUCUACGGCAUCGAAGCUGCUGGAAGGACUUUGGUCAAGGAGGUCAAAGACGUGUUUGGUGUUUACGGAAUCACAGUCGAUCCAAGACAUCUUUCACUUGUUGCCGACUACAUGACGCACACAGGAAAAUUAAGAUCCAUGUCGAGAGUUUCCCAACGUUACAAUACGAGUAUCACUCAUCAAAUUUCUUACGAGUCGGCGUUACAUUUCCUCAAGGAUGCAGUGAUUAAAGGUAAAACGGACGACUUGGCUGCGCCGUCCGGUCGCAUUAUGGUUGGAUCGAAGGUCAAUUCCGGAACGGGAGUGUUUUCGUUACUUCAGAAGUUGUAAAUUAAGAAA